AAUGAAGAUAGGCGCAGUUCGAUACAAAUGUUAAUUUAGUACAACAAACGCGCUCGUGAUAAUAACACAGUAAUGGCGUCCGGGUCUAAGAAAACAUUGUACGAUAUAAACGAAGCGGAAAAACAUUUCGAACAGUUCAUUAAGGACUUCGACAGAAAAUAUAAGGAUGAGGAAGACAAGAAAUUGCACUACGAAAUGUUCGUGAAGAAUUUAGUCAAAAUUAACGAGUUGAAUGCAAAUCCAAAUUCAACAGCGACGUUUGGAAUAAACAAGUUUGCUGAUUACACAGAGGAAGAGAUGCAGCAGAUGUACGGGCGAGUCAGGAAACAAUGAAGAAUCUCCGAAAGUUAUCUGUGAUAGUACUCAGCGCAUCACAUGUUUACUAUCCGACAAUGCCGUCGUGAUACCUAUCUGAUGUCGAUUCCCAAUCGGUAAUAUCUUGGAAACCUAGUACAAAAGGACGGUACCUGUUAUAACUGAAAUAAUUAAGUGUUAAGCAUGUUGUAUGAGAGGCUAAAAAUGCCACAUCAAAGCAAUAGGCUAGUUUCCAACUAUUCAAAUCAGUUACUUUUUACUAAACGUCAAAACAGGAAAUUUCUAUGGAAUUUGUAUGAAAAAUCACACUGUGACGUCAUAGAAAAACGUGAUAAAUUGUCGGACUUAUUAUUACGUUUUUCUUGAUAUUUUUUCUUCUUUUUUGUAAAUAUAGAAAUUGAAUUUUAUUUGUAUAUUACAUUCGUGUGUUUAAUGGCAAUAAAAUUCAUAAAUACGUUAAAUAGAAAAUAGGAAAUGUUUUCGUUAGUUUUAGAUCUUGUCUCUAUUUAGUAAUCAGAAUUUCAUAAUUUAAUUUGAACCUUGUACACGACCCGAUUCAUCUAAAAAGCAAUAUUGCAAUUUAAGUGUAUAAAGUAAGUGCGCAAUGCAAACAAAUGUAAUAUUGCUUUUUAGAUGAAUUGCUUUGAUGUUGCAUUUUAACUCCCAAGGUCAUUAUAUUUUUCAUACAAAUUAUUGUUGUUCCAGGCUACGAUCCCCAAAAAUAUACAGAUGGCGCUGUACAGAGUUGCCUUCCUAUAACCUUCUACUUUCAGAGAUAACAUACAAUAUACGUACAUCUUUAAUCUUCGUUUUUUGGGUAUAAAUGAUGACCCUUGUUAUUAUAAACAGGCACAACAAAUCUUCCACGCAUUAAUAUUCUGAUCAAAAUAAUGAGAAGCAAUAUAGCUACCUAUAUAUAGGUAGCAACAUAAUUCUAUACUAUACCAUAUCUGAUCCAUAUUCAUUUAUUUAUUGCAUGUCACAAACAUAAAUUAAGAUGGAAUAUAGUAAAAAGGUACAUGUGACGCCCCGCAAGGGCACGGCAAUAUAAAAGAGGUGACACUAGGUGCCUUAUUAUAAUAAUAUUAUUAAAAUAAUAUUAAUAAUAUUGCCUUCUUAUAAUAAUAUUAUUAAAAUUGUAUUAUAAUAUUAUAAUAAGGCACCUAGUGUCGCCUCUUUUUAUUAUGCCUCUAAUCUUACAUACACAUACAUAAACAGUCUAUAUACGUCCCAAUGCUGGGCACAGGCCUCCCCUCAAUCAACUGGAGGGGGUACGGGGCAUACUCCACCACGCUGUUCCAAUGCGGGUUGGUGGAAGCCUCUGAUCUUAAAUAUUAUAUUUUUUUUUAAAUAGGUAAUUACCACGUUAAAUCUGUUCAACGCCAUCUAUAUUUUGGGGAACGUCGCUUAGAAAGUCCUUCAUCACAAUGUUAAGUGUUAAGCAUGCAUAGAUAAGGUUAUUAUAUUUUUGAUACAAAA